UUGAAUCAUACUAAUAAACCAAAAAAGGGCCAAAAAGAGGACACCUACUUCUCCGUAUCUUUCUUUCUUCGAUUUUCCCGAGAGAUCGAACACUUGUCUUCAAAUCUCAAUCCAAUCCCAAACCCCUCGCUCAGUCUCUACUCGAUGGAGGUGAAGGACCCGGGCUCAGUAGACGAAGGAGACGAAGCUAUUGCCGUCGCCGACACCGGCGAGCACAGCCCCGUUCUCCGUCGAGAGCCUUCCUUCUCUCGGUGGUGUGAUGAGGAGGGGAUCGUCCGCUCAUUGCCAGGGUCUCGCAGGAAUAGCACCGCCGAUGAAUCUGAGGAUUUUGAACUCCCGCUGUUACGGGGAGACGCUGCCGGUUCAGAAACAGGCGUCGGUGAGUCUGAGGGGCAGAGAUUGGGUGGCUUUCAUCAGCUCAAAGUGGAUGCUGCGUUUGAUGUCGAGAAUGGAAUGGUUGAGAAGCUGGAAGCGCUGAAGCAAUCGGCGAGGAGUUCGGUUUCUGUGGCUAAUGUGAUCAAGAUCUUGUUUUUUAUACUGGUUUGGUACACCUUCAGCACUUGCUUGACACUGUAUAAUAAGAUAUUGUUGGGGCAUCACAUGGGAAAUUUUCCAGCUCCGUUGUUGAUGAAUACUAUCCACUUUACAAUGCAAGCUGCUCUGUCAAAUAUUAUUAUUUGGUUUCAGUCGAAGGGGUCAGAUAGCAGCAAGGUGAUGUCUUGGAGGGAUUACUUCAUUGUAGUUGUACCAACUUCUCUUGCAACUGCAUUGGAUAUCAACCUGAGCAAUGCUUCACUUGUUUCGAUAUCUGUAACAUUUGCUACAAUGUGUAAAUCUGCAGGGCCAAUAUUUCUUCUUCUGUUUGCUUUUGCUUUUAGGUUGGAGAGUCCCAGUUUUAAGCUUUUUGGCAUAAUGUUGGUGAUCUCCUCUGGCGUUUUAUUAACAGUUUCUAAGGAGACAGAGUUUGAGUUUUGGGGAUUUGUGUUUGUUAUGCUUGCUGCUGUUAUGUCUGGUUUCCGUUGGUGCAUGACUCAGAUUCUUUUGCAGAAAGAAUCUUAUGGCCUGAAGAAUCCCAUUAGACUGAUGGGGAAUGUUACCCCCUUGAUGGCUGCUAUGACUCUUGUCCUUUCUCUUAUGGUGGAACCCUGGCAUGAUUUGAAGAUCAGCCAUUAUUUUAAUAGUUCAUGGCAUAUAAUUCAGAGUUCCCUACUAAUGCUGCUAGGAGGAAUGUUGGCAUUCUUUAUGGUCUUAACUGAGUAUAUGCUGGUUUCAAUGACCAGUUCAGUAACCGUGACGAUAGCUGGUGUUGUCAAGGAGGCUGUAACAAUUUUGGUUGCAGUGUUAUACUUCCAUGAUAAAUUUACCUGGCUGAAAGGACUUGGGCUUCUGAUUAUAAUGGUUGGUGUCAGUUUGUUCAACUGGUACAAAUAUCUGAAACUAAAAAGAUCUCAUCCAAGUGAAGCUGCAGAAAGAAGUUCUACAGUUUCCAAUUCACCUGGGAAGUAUGUUAUCCUUGACGAGUUGGAUCUUGUAGAUGAUAGAUAAUAUUUGGCAUCUCAUACUACUUUCCCAAAGCAUCAAGGUAAUUUUAAGGGAAUUCCAUGACGCCCUUAAUAUUACUCAAAUUAUCACAGGUUGUGUCUUAUCUUAUGCUAUACAGUAUCCACAGAUUGUUUUUUAACUCUGGUGGGAAUGUCUUGACCUUAAAAAUUCUCUGAUUGUCCUGAAGGAUAUACUGCAGGUUAAGCUCUAGAUUGCUAUAUGAUCUCCCACUUCGUGUCUUCAUUUAUUGGACCGAUCGUUCUGUUCAUUUGGGUGAUUGCAAUGAGUGCCAAGAACAAGGUAAUCCAGUUAUUUAGCGUCCAAUAGCACCUAUGAAUAUAAAGUUAUGUUUUCAGCUUUCAUGUAUACUUAUUUGAGUAUUGAUCUCUUGGCUUUCUAUUGAUUCAUUAUUUCUGAAAUUCAUUUCCCAUAAUGCCCUACUCAAGCAUACCAAAUGUAUAGGCGUGGUAUCGUAUUAUUUGUUUGUGUUCUUAUUUCUGUAUCUGUUGCUUCUCUAGUUCACUUUGUUGGACAAGGGUAAUAUGGACAUCUUACAUCUGUCA